GACUUUUAUGGCUGGAUGCCCAACGGCCCCCCCACCAUGCAGGAGCCCCCACCCACCGUAAAGGGCACUGUGGAUGAGGAAAGGAUCCUGAAGACACUCCCUGGCAUUUCAAUAAUAAUUCUGGGCAUGGCUACUUCCUGGGUGCUCAGCAUGCAGGCCCAUGAUUCAAGCUUCCUCCCUGAUUUUAAACGGAAGUACUUCACCGAACACGUGCCUUGUGACAAAAUAGGAAUCUUCCAAAAGAGGCUCUUGAAGCUGAGUGAUAAAAUCAACAAAAGAAACGAAGGCAUGGAUCUACCGUACACCUACCUGGACCCAACGCUGGUGGAGAACAGUGUGAGCAUCUGAAGUGAAGAUGUGCAGGUCUGGAGGGACGCUCCACUUCAGCCAAUGAUUAAUGAUCAAACGCUUGCUGGAGCUCUCUUUUUCACUCUAUAAAUGUGUGACUAACAGAUCAGAUCAGUUUAUUGCACCUCUGACUUUGAUUCUUUGUUAAACUGCUGACAAACAAUAAACAUUAAGAGAACUGC